AUGGACGAGGAGCCGAGAUCCGACGGCAAUAAUGAGGGUGGCGGCGAGGUCCGGUACCGCGGCGUUCGGCGGCGCCCCUGGGGAAAGUUUGCAGCGGAGAUUCGUGACUCGUCGAGGCACGGGGCUCGGGUUUGGCUCGGAACUUUCAAUACGGCGGAGGAAGCGGCGCGAGCCUACGACCGAGCUGCCUACACCAUGCGUGGCCAUUUGGCCGUCCUGAAUUUCCCUAAUGAGUACCCUUCCCACGGCGGGGGAAGCUCCUCUUCUGCUCCGGCGCCUAGGCGCCAGAAUCAGGUGAUUGAAUUUGAGUGUCUGGACAAUAAGGUGCUGGAGGAGCUUCUUGAGUACGAAGAGAAAAGGAAGAAGUAAAAUUCUUAACUUUCUUUUGGGUAAAUGAAAUGAAAU